CUGACCAUAGCCAUCCCAUCCUCAUCACUGCACAUCCCCCAACCAACCCCAUCCCACUCCUUCUCAACGAACCGAGAAAAAAUAGCCAGAUGUCCCACCCCACCUACGACACGCCGUACGAAACAGCGGCCGCCCGCGCCGCCGCGUACAUCGCGUACGCGCGCAUGAAGGCCGCGCAGACGUACCCGCCGACGGCGCCGUUUCCGCCGUUCGAGGCCGAGGAUGAGGUCGGGUGUUGCUGUGGGCCCUGCGGGGGUACGGACGCAGCGAGGGAGGGGGAGGGGGUGAGGUGUCGGUUUUGGCAGAGGGGGGCUUGUCGAUCCGGCGACGCCUGUUUUCUGUCCCACACCCUCCAACAACGCAUCAGGACACCCACACCCACGCCCACGCCGCCGACCGCAUCGUCGAUCACAGAGUAUCCCCGCCCACAACCGGUCUACGCCCCGCUCGCCUACACCAAGCCCAAAAAGGGUUACGAAUGGGGAAGCCACGCCUGGAAAGUCGCGGCGGGCACCCCGCAUAAUCAUCCUCAUCACGGAACCGCCUCGCAUCGUCACGGUACCAACAGCACCAACAGUAACAGUACCGGCAACGGAAACGGCAACCCCUCAAAGCCCCCGCGCCACCCACCCGCGUCCACCUCCACCCACUCCGUCUGCCGCUACUGGCUGCAAGGCAUCUGCAACCGCGGGCCGGCCUGCCGCUUCCUGCACGGGUCCGCCGCGCCCGCCGCCAUGCUCUUCCCCCCCUCCUUCCCCCGGCACCCCACCGCGUACACCACCCGCCCGUCGAUGGCCCGCCCGCGCCCGCGUCCCUCGAUCCGCGGCGAGCUGAUCAAGGCGCUCGGGGUGUAUGAGUACGAGGCGUUGGCGGCGCGGAUGGCGGCGUUGAGCGUCGGGGGAGGACUGCACAUCGACCGGGCGGGCGGCGAUAUGCGUCUCCCGAAUGCGUAUCGCCAGCCGCGGUUCCCCGGCUACGCGAUGUCUCCUGCGCCGAUGCCCGCCGCUCAUCCGCAGCAGACCGCACAGCAGAUGCCGUACGAUCUGGACCUUGACCUGGAUCUGGAUUUCAGCGCCUGUGAUGAUGGGGAUGAGGGGUUGAGCGGCGGUGGCGCCGGCGAGACCGCGCCUUCGCGAAAUGCUCAGAUGGGACCGAAAUGUGGGGCUGUGGAUUUGCGCGCUAUCUGGGAGAGGGAGAUGUGAGGGGCAGUGAGGAGAUAGAUAGUUUCUACGUAGGUUUGCGCCCCCCGCGCGAACUUCGUUCGGCCUGCGGUUGAUAGAGGUAGCGUGGUUAGGAAGUGUGAGUAGCGUUAGAGCGGGACGACCAACCACCACAAGUUCGAGGGGGAUGUAAAUGGGAAUGAAACGAAAUCAGGCGACGCGGGAUGGGUAUCAGUGCAUCUGCAUCGGGAGCGAAGACGAGAAAAAAAUGAGCGGGGAUGAGAAGAGGUAGAUAACAAGAGCGGAGGAAAAAAGAUCCAAAGUUUGGGGCGUGCUGUUUAUUCAUAGUUUUUGUUGUCUUUCCAAUUACCGCAUUUCUUGUCAUGGUCGGGUAUUUCCGUAUACAAAUCGCCCUGCUUUCCCCUGAGAACUUCCCUUCACACCAUUAGAACAUCCACCCAAA